AUGCACGUACACUUGCAUCAGAGUCCUUGCAUAGAAUACUUGCUCAUGCAAGCAAGAAGAAUAAAGUGCGACGUCAUCGGCCUGUCCGAGACGAGAAGACGCCAGUCUUUCAACGACAUUUAUGACAGCGGAGAAGAACUGUUCCUCGUGGCAUGCGGCAGUGGAGUCGACGGCGUCGGCGUUCUCGUCAACAGGACUUUGUCCAUGAACAGCGGUUCAUUCGAACAGAUUGUAACCCGAAUCGGACGUUUACGAUUAAAAAGACGUGGAUCAAUUCCAGCUUUGACAAUCUUCGUCGUUUACGCGCCGACAUCAAACUAUGACGAAGAAGAAGUCGAAGCGUUCUAUAUGGACUUGGAGAAGUUCUAA